AUGACGACCCCGGAAGUGCAGCUCAUCUCCAGAUUAACCUGGAGUAUGAAGGAUGUCGAAAACGACGCGUCCCUGCUGGACACUUCGGUACAGAAGUAUGCUCGCGAGCUGAUGGACAAAGUGACAUCAGCCGAUCUUCGCGCCCACAUGCACUCCAGGAUCAAGCUGAUGCGAGAGGAGCAGGUGGAGAAUGCGAAGGAGGUGGCGUGCGCAUCGCCGCGGCCUCCCGUUGUUCUCUCGAGUAGCAUUCUGCGUCUUUCUCCAGGCGUUCAAUGCAGGUGUCCACCCGGAGGGACGUCGGCCCACUUCACCAGAGGCUCGGAUAGCAUGACGAUGAACAUCGCCCCGACGGUACUCCUGACCAUCUGUAUUGAUGCCGAGGGCAGUGUUGAGAUCCAGAGAUCGGACUUCAAAGAUUGCCUCUGCCCCAUUUGCUUCGAGCUGGUCGCCCCGAGUGCAGCGCUUCCGCGCAGUUUCUCCCUGGAGAUGGUUCUUCUAGUUUUCGAGAGACGUUCGCUUCAAGACAACUGGCCUGGGGUGCGCCACCUCGUGUCCAAGCAGAACACAGCCAAGCUCCUGAAUCGAUUUACAAGUCAGACGGAUCAGCUGCCGACGGACUUUGCUGUGGACGAGUACCAGCUCAGUCUACCCUCUGCUUUGAGCGAAGCUCCUGUGGUGAAGAAGGCCACACGCUCGGCGUCUUGGCUGGAGAUUUUGGGCCUCAAGGGCAACUUCAGCCACUUGAACUUCAAGGACCCCUUCAAUGUGAAGAAGCUUGGUUCCAGCUACACCACCGAGAUCCGUGCCGGCUUGACCACAUUCUUGGCCAUGGCAUACAUCCUCCCGGUGAACAGCGGCAUGCUCAGCCUCGCAGUUCCCGACAUGAAGGAGCAGCUGGUAUGCGCUACCGCACUCGCUUCCUUCUGCGGCUGCUGGCUUAUGGGUAUCCUGUCCAACUUCCCAUUUAUGCUUGCACCUGGCAUGGGAACCAAUGCUUACUUCACCUUCAGCAUCGUCUUGGGUCGCGGCCUCCCUUGGCAAGCCGGCUUCGCGGCCGUCUUCAUCGCCGGUGGCAUGUUCACAUUCCUCAGCGUCACGGGCAUGCGCACGCUGCUCAUCCGGCUCUUCCCGCAAGGCAUCAAGGAGAUUAUCGGGGCCGGCGUCGGCCUCUUCCUCACCUUCAUCGCCUUCCAGAGCUCCGAGGGCAUGGGCAUCUCCGUGGCCGACCCCGCGACGCUGGUGAAGCUGGGCUCCCUGAGCUCCAGCUCCUACGACUCCUCGAAGAUGUGGAUGGCCCUCUUGGUGCUCGUGGUCACGGCGACCCUGUUGUCGGCCAAGAUCCCAGGCGCUCCUUUGAUUGGCAUCGUCUUGGGAACUGUCGUCUGCUGGAUCGAGGGCUGGGUGAAUGGUGUGGAGGGCUCCGUCUUCGGCUACCCUUUCGGGACCGAAGGCGAUCGGUCCGCCAAGGACUUCCACAUCUUUGUGCCUCACGGCGUAGUCGCCAGCCCUCAUCUUUCUGGCCUGACCGGUGCACUUUUCGAAGGUUUCGACUGGGCUUUCCACCCGGAGACCAGCGGCACGUUUUGGACGGCUGUGGCUACCUUCUGCUACACCGAUUUGCUCGACUCCUCCGGCACUUUCUUCGCAGUGGCGAAGGUCGCUGGGCUCACGGACGCCCGUGGCAACCUGCCCCUGGCGCGCCAGAACAUGGCAUACUUGGCCGACGCACUCUCGAUGAUGAUCGGCUCUGUUCUGGGCGUUUCCACCGUGAGCACCUUCGCCGAGUCUACCGCCGGAGUUGCAGAUGGUGCCAAGACCGGCUUGGCGUCGCUGGUGACGGGCAGCUGUUUCUUGCUGGCCAUCCCUUUCUCACCGAUCGUCUCGGCUGUUCCCCCGCUGGCCUCUGGCCCCAUCCUUUGCCUCCUGGGCGCGAUGAUGUGCAGCUCUGUGAAGGGCGUGGACUGGGAUGACUUCCAGGAGCACCGAUUUCCCAAGUUUGUGGUUUAG